AGGCAACCCCUCAGUCCCCGGGGAGCCAGGAGAGGUCACUUCCGGGGCGUUACCAAGAGGCUGUGCGGAAGUGACGUGCGUGCGCCGGUGGCGCGAUGGAGCCGCAGCAGCAGCAGCAGCAGCAGCAGCAGCUGAGGAACUUGCGGGACUUCCUGUUGGUCUACAAUCGGAUGACGGAACUCUGCUUCCAGCGCUGCGUGCCCAGCUUGCACCACCGAGCUCUGGACGCUGAAGAGGAGGCCUGUCUGCACAGCUGUGCUGGGAAGCUGAUCCAUUCCAACCACCGCCUCAUGGCCGCUUACGUGCAGCUCAUGCCGGCUCUGGUACAGCGCCGCAUCGCAGACUACGAGGCUGCCUCAGCUGGGCCAGGUGUUGCUGCAGAACAGCCCGGAACCUCACCAUCAGGCAGCUAGGAAGGGAGGCGCUGGAUGGACCCUCAAACUGAAGGAGCCAGUGGACCUUGGGCUGGAUGCAGCCCAUAUAUAGAGUGAGGGGUUGUCUGACAGCUGGGUAGUAUUGCUCCUUUUCUUGGAGCCAAUAAACCCACUUUUGCACUGUUUGAUUUAUGUUCUGGGCACGGAAGCUUUGCCCGCUUUAUUGGCCCCAUCCUUUAUCCUGUCAGCGCAUAUCUGUUGGCUUCAGCCCUGGCAGUGGAGAAAUUGGCUUCUAUGUGUAGAAGGAAAACCUCAACAUUUCCUGGCACCUGGUUAAAACAAGGCCUGUGGGUACAAUUUUUUCUUUUGUAAAGAGUUUAUUUAUUCACGAGACACACAGAGAGCGGCAGAGACAUAGGCAGAGGGAGAAGCAGAGGCUCCCUGUGGGGAGCCCGAUGCCGGACUUGAUCCCAGAACCCCAGGAUCCUACCCUGAGCCAAAAGCAGACGCUCAAUGGCUGAGCCACCCAGGUGCAUCUUACUUAAUUCUUUCUUUUUUUUAAAGAUUUUGUUUAUUUAUUUAUGUGAGAGAGAGAGAGAGAAUGAGCAGGGGGAGGGGCAGAGAGAGAAGCAGACUCCGGGCCUAGCAGGGAGCCAGAUGCGGGGCUUGAUCCCAGGGCCCUGGGAUUAUGACUUGAGCCAAAGACAGACACUUAACCAACUGCACCCAGGCACCCCUGUGGUACGAUUUUAAUGUUAGUAAUAGCAAUAGGAAGUUGGUUCCUGCCCAGAUGGCAGAGAAAAUAAGAGCUCUUCUUGUUGUCCUUCACUUAAAUCUGACUUAAUGGUUUAUUUGUGAGCUGGGUGUGCAUUCAUUUAUAACUCUUUUCAUGGGCUCUAAAGAAUUCUCCUAAAUUUAGGGGAAGGAGGAGAUACCUAAGAAUAACAGAUCAAGAAAUCACAGGGUUUUUGUAUGCAGUGCCUUCUGGAAAGUCAGUAGCCCCGUAACUGAAAUGAAACCUGUAAGAUUUCGGGGUGUUCUGGAACUUCAGCCAUUUUCCCAAGUUGUUAUUUUCUUAUUAUUUUCUGUCUUCCCCAGGAUGAGCAGUAAAGCUUUUACACAAAGAA